AUGGCUGAAGCUCAGGCGCUGAAAACAACAUCCUCUACGUAUAAGAAGCAGACGGAGGAUCUGGUCGCGACGAGCAAGAAGCUUCAGCCUACCGUGGCCGAGGAGGAGGAAGAAGAGGCCGAAGCACCCCUGUUAAAGAGGGGCAAACAAUCCAAGGGCCCCACUGUGGCAAGGACUGCCACGCAUCAAACCUUGAUCCCCAUCGGGGGGGUGAUCAGGGAAAAGGCAGUUGCUUUGCCAGAGGCUCGACCAGCUAUCACCACUCCGGGCCCCAUUCCUACAGCACCAAGGGACCACACUACUUCCCAUACUGAGGAGGACCUAGCUUCUGCCAGUACCGCGUGCCUCGCCAAAGCCCCAACCACAAGUAUCCAACUUGAGGCCGUGGUGAAAGACCUAAGAGCCAAAAAUGUUGAUCUGGCCAAGCGGUUGGAAGUGAGCUUACAAUAUGGGGAGGCAGUGCAAGAGGCCAAGGCCAAGACUGUCGAGGCGGAGAAGAAGAGGGUAGAGGUGGAGAGCCAGUUGGGGAGGGCUAACUCUGAUGUUGAGAGGCUGAGGAAAGAGCUCUAUGAGACAGAGAGCCAGGUGGAUGCUUUGAAGAGGCGACUUGAUCACGCUAGCGAGCAUCACCGUUUGGCUACGAAGGCUCUGGAGGCCUCAAACAAAGAGAAGGCCGAGCUGAGGCAGAGGGCGGAGGCCCAAGCGGAGGAGAUUGAGUCGCUAAAGGCUGAGGUGAAGGUGGUCGGUGAAUCUGCGAUGCAGCAUUUCAUUGAUCAUUUCGAGAAGCAUCCUUUAUAUGACACCUUCGCCAAAUACUGGCCUUCCUGGAAUGCCCAGGCCAUGCUGGAGUGGCUGAAGGAGGUUCAUCCGACGCUGGACAUUUCUGCUCUUGAGGUGGAGUUAGAUGGACCUACCGAGGGUCGCCCAGACGUGGCAUCUGCAGAGGAAGUUGCGGAGCCUUCCCAGGAGGUGGAAGUGGGAGAUAAGUUACGAACUUAUGUAAAUCUUAAACAUCGCUUACCAACUAGUCAAUGA